AUGUAUCAACUGCUACAAAAAUGGGAUGAAGCGUUGAGCAUUGCUAAGGCUGUGAACUACCCUGGUUUCGAACAACUCAAAGCGAAUUACUACAGAACGUUGUUUGAUACAGGGCGAGAUGCAAAAGCAGCAGAGUUGAAAAUAGCCGACGGCGACAUAGCCGGUGCUGUAAGCCUAUACGUGAAGGCGAAAAAACCUGUACAAGCUUUGGAAACCGCGUUGACGGAACCAUCACUUGCCAAUAAUCACCAGCUUAUGACUUCGAUUGCUUCACAGCUCAUGCAGUCCCAGAUAUACGACAAGGCUGGAGAGCUCUUCGAACAUAUGAAGGACUUCGAGAAAGCGCUUGAAUGCUAUACAAAAGGUCAAACCUUCAACAAAGCUAUUCAGUUAGAAGAGCAGUGGGGUGACUAUCUGGUAUCGGAAGGGCAGCAUGACGCAUCUAUAAGUCAUUUUCUAGAAGCGAACAGCCUCAUCAAAGCAGCUGAAGCCGCCAUUGAAGCAAAGGAAUGGGGGAAGGCCUUGCAGAUCGUGGAUGUGAUUCGUGAUUCGCAGAUAUCGAGCGACUUCUAUGGAAGAAUCGCUGCUCAUUAUGCGACAACAGAUGAGCUGGACCGAGCCGAACGCCUAUAUCUGGAGGCAAAUCUGCAGAAAGAAGCCAUAGCAAUGUAUAUCAAAAACAACAGAUGGGCAGACGCCUACAGGGUAAGACUUUGGCGUUCCUUUCCUUGA